GCGAGUGCCAGAAAAAAAAUACUGCCACCCACCACCGCGCCGCCGCGCCAUGGCUUCCCCAUCCCCUUCCUCGCCCCUCCACCCGCACCAGCACCCACCUCCUCCGAAUGUUCACCACCAAUUCCAAUCCCUACCGCCUUCGAUGCCGCCACCGCCGCCGUCAACGGCGCUGCCAAAGGCGCUCGACCUUGAGGUUACCGUCGUCUGCGGGAAGCACCUGAAGAAUGUCAACUGGCGCCGUGGCGACCUCCGUGCCUACGUCGUGGUGUACCUUGACCCCUCCCGCCGCGCCGCUACCCGCCCCGACGACGGCGGCGGGUGCAAACCAACCUGGAACGAGCGCCUCGUCCUCCCGCUUCCGCCCCACCUCUCCCCGCACGACCCCUCCAUCCUCCUGUCCCUCGACGUUUUCCACUCUAAGCCCUCCGAUUCGCCCAAGCCGCUCGUCGGAUCCGCCCGCUCUCCUCUCCGCGACCUCCUCUUCCCCGCAAACCCUAACCCUAGCCACGAUCCCGCAGCCUCCGCUCUCGUCAGCCUGCCACUCCUCCGCCCUUCCGGCCGCCCACAGGGGAAGAUCCGGAUCCGCGUCGCCAUCCGCGAGCGCUCGCCGCCGCCUCCGGAGCCGCAAUACCCUCCGCCUUCCAGCUCCCCGUACUACUUUCCACCGCCUCCUCCCGCCUACUCGGCCCCGCCUCAGUACGGAUCUGACCAGUACUAUCGCCCUAGUGGAUACUACUCUGCACCUGCACCUCCACCACAUCCGUAUGAGUACACCGGAGGGCCCUCUGCACCGGUGGACUACAACAGGCAAUAUGAGCAGAGAGGGAGGACUGGGGCCGCUGGUAGUGGCAGUGGGAACGGAAGGUAUGGAGCAGGCACUGGGCUUGCGGUGGGUGCUGUGGCUGGAGCCCUCGGGGGUCUAGCAAUUGAUGAAGCGGUGAAGUACAAGGAGGAUAAGGGUGCAGAACGGGUGGAAGAGAAGGUGGUACCUGCUGGGAGGGAUGAUUACAGCGAGUAUCGUGGCGACUAUUGAACCGAAGUUUGUGUGAGUGUGGAAGAAAGCGCUGUGAGUUGAUUCUUCUUCCAUGCCUAUGUGGGAAUAAAUCCAGUGUUAGUCUAUGGCUUUCCCCAUGUAUGUAUAUAUAUUUGUGAUGUUGUGAAUUAUUCUGAUACCUAUAAACUACUCCUUCGGUUCUUGUUUAUUUGUCGCUGUUUAGUUCAAAAAUGAACUAGCGGGCGACAAAUAUUCGAGAACGGAGGUAGUACAAUGUUUUAUGAUGACAGAUUUGGUGUGUAACAUAAAUAUCUCAUGGCUUGCUUUGAUGGUGUACUUGUGUCUUGUUGUCUUGAUGAAUGAUGAUGGGUGUUAUCUUUUCCAGC